AUGUCUGAAAUAAGACGAAGACGUAAAGACAAAUUUUCUGAACGCAUUCCAUUAAAAAGGGAAACAAUGGCCAGUCAAUUAAUAAAAAAUUGGCGGUCUAAAAUAUUUUUUCUAUUAUCAAUAUUAUUUUCCAUAUUUCUUUAUGUUUAUAUACGAAAUUCUUUCUUUAUUCCUACCAAUGUUUUACAAAAAUCUGAACUUCCAAAAAGUGAAAUUGAGGAUAUUUAUAAAGAAACAAGUUGGGGUACUCUUCGUCCUCAUCUUUAUUUUGGUCUGAAAACUAAACAAAUACUUUCACCACUGUUUGGUUUACUAUGGUACGAACAACCUCGUCAACAAUUUAUUCAAAAUCUUCCUUUACGCCAUUGGUGCGAUCAUGAAAAACGGUUAAGAAGUGCUUUUUUGAUAUUUGGCAUUUUUCUAGCUGAUCCUGUUAAAUAUGGUUGGGAGGCGCAUGAUGGACGUACCUUUGGAAGGCAAAAAAUUACUGACGGUUAUUUAUCUUUUUUUAUUGACUGGAUCUCCAAAGGUGAAAAAUCUUGGACAGUUCGAAUGUUUGGAAGAGCUGAGCAAAACUCUAGUUUUUCUUUUCUUCUUUAUUUGGCACUUCAAAAAAAUAUUAGCAAUAAUGGUGAAAUUGAGGACGGAGUGUUAACUCCAUUAAACAUCCUAGAAGAUGGAGGACUUACUUAUAAAUUUAUUAAUGGUCAUUCUCGUAGCAUCGGCCAAUUUGACAUUAAAAUUCUUUUCACAAAUCCAAUGACAACUGAAAAAUUUUCAAAUGUUGCUUACAAACUUCCUGCUUAUUUGGGAAUGGUUCAUAUAAAAGAUGUAAUUCUUGGCUCAUUUGCGCGUCCAGAAAACCAAUUAGACCUGAUUUUGCAUCAAAAUGAGCGAAUCGCUUCGUUUGAAUCAUCUUCAGGAAAUGUUGAUUUUAGUGUUGUUCAGAUAACAGUUUCUGGUGAUUUUGAUUUUAUUGUCGAAUUGAAUGCUGCAAAUGAUGGGAUAUCGAAUGAUUAUUUUCAGACAGUUUUUGAUAAGAAGUUGAAGGAAUUUGGAGAUCGUUUUGAUGAUGCCUUUCCUAUUGAUUUAAAAAACGAAGAAGGACUUGAACCAAAUAAAAAUGAUGUUAAUGAUAGAAAUUAUCGAAAAUUGGCUAAAACUGCUUUGGCUAAUUUAUUGGGUGGUAUUGGUGUAUGGCAUGGCUAUUCUCUUGUCAGGACAUCUGAAAAUCCUAAUGAAGAUGCACGUUAUUAUGGUCCAUUGUCUCUGUUUUCUGCCGUUCCUUCUCGACCCUUCUUUCCUCGUGGAUUUCUAUGGGAUGAGGGUUUUCACAAUCUUUUGAUAAGAAAAUUUGAUCCUUUAUUAACCUUACAGAUUAUCGCGUCUUGGCUUGACACGAUGAAUGUUGAUGGCUGGAUUCCACGAGAGUUGGUUUUGGAUGAUGAGGCACGAGCACGAAUACCUUCAGAGUUUUUGGUUCAAAGUCCAGAAGUGGCUAACCCGCCUAUGUUUUUCUUUCUAUUGGAUAAAUUCUUGAGGAAUUCCGAGGUUUUUUUUCAACUUUUAAAUAAUGUUACUGGCCUUUUUGUUCCAUAA